AUGGGACUUCGCGCAUGGCUGUACAGAAAAGGCUUUCGGACCAAUGAUGAUAUCAAGCAUCUCGAAGCUAUUGGAGGAUCUUUCGCGACAGCAAUGUUCAUGCUUCUAAUUUCCUUACCGCGCGGGGGGAAUCCCAACUCGGUGAAGGUACCCCAAUCGAAAGGGACGAGACAAGGUGGCCCAGGUCUUUGUCCAAAUAAGCUUUGGCAGGUAAGAGAGCUCCAUGAGGAAUUGGAGAAAGCAUGGCGCAGGGAGACGGACAUCGAGAAGCCAGGCCAACAAGUACCUUUGGACCGCGACGAGCCACCUGAGAGGUGCCAGUCGUUUAGUGAUCACAAGUUAGAUAUCACCGUCGACAUCUAUGAGCUUGAGGAGAUGAUCGCCGCGAAGGAGCGCGACGACCUUGAGAAGAUAGGGAUCUCAGUUACUUCUUCACGUAGUGGCAAGCUGCAGCUCGAGGUUACUCGAGUGGCUUUGCCUACAGUGAACUCGAACCAGCAAAACGGAAAACUCAUAAAGGAGGGCUUAGCGCCGCAGGUAGUCCAGACGCCAUUCAGCCUACUCGGUGGACGUCUGUACAAGCGAUACAAUCAGAAAACUGAGGUUUAUGGUCCAGGACUUGCCACCUGGGUAUUGCGGGCAAGAGGGAUCAAGCUUUAA